CAAAAUGGCUGCCCUCACCGUGUCCACCGCGGCGCUCGCGCCCGUCGUCGCUCGCGCCAGCGUCUCCCGCCGCUCCGCCAAGGCGGUCCGCGCGACCGGCCUCAACAAGUCCGCGUCCCCCGCGUUCAGCUCCGCGUCCGCGACCGCCCCGCGCGUCGUCGCGAAGCGCGGCGAGGCGCAGGCGACGAACGCGCUCCCGCUCGCGGAGAUCGCCGCCGUCGGUCCGGAGAUCGCGGAGGUUGCCACGACGUGCUUCGCCAUCACGCUCGUCGGGCUCGCGAUCGGGUUCGUCCUCCUCCGCGUGGAAGCCGCGGUCGCGGGCGAGGAGUAAAUCGAUCGUCGGCACGGUCUUCGGUCUUCGCAUGAGAGAGGGAUGCGAAACUAUGUGGUGGUGGGUUUGGUCGAGGCGCGGUCGAGACGCGGGGGAGAGGCGCGGCCGCGGGUGAUCCGAUUCGACGAGAGUCCGCAAAUAUUUGUUCGUCAGCCGGCGUCGUCGGAAUGAAAUCGAUUCGUAUUCUUCAACGA